AUGGUUAUCGCUCGAAAACCUUUUGAAAAUCGGCAAAUGAGGCGACUAUCGGUCAUUCUAUUGUUUGUCAGUUUACUGUUAUUAAUCCUCGAAACUUUCCUGCUCAUCAAUUUGAUCAUCUAUGCAGUCAAACUUGAGUAUAAAGCUUUAUUGAUCAUUGCUGGAUCAUUGGUUUUGUUUUGUUUGAUAUUUACGGUGGUUCUAAUCCUCUCAUCUGUCUUUAGCAUCGGAAAGAUUCAAUUGCAAUUAUUGUUUGGAACGGCUUUUGUGGUGAUCUUGCACCUCGCAAUUCUGGCUCUAAUUAUCUCUUGGGGUAUCAAGAGUGAUCAAGAGUUUCGAGGACGAGUUGAUCGUUGGAAUAAUUCGACUAACUCGAUGAUCGAGAAUACAACGAUAAGCACAACAACCACUUCAACCACUUCAACUCCAGCAACAACGACGAAUAUCCUAUUAAAUGACACAAAUGGCAUGAUUGAUCAUAAGAUCCCUUUCUACUUUUUUGGAGACCGAUUUGGGCAUCUACGAUCAAGCGGAAGGCAUUUUAAUGGCCGACAUCUACGUUUGGGAGAUCCCGGUUUCAGUACAACAACUCGGAAAAGUCAACUCAACAAUCCCAUCAACUUUCCCAUUCUCCAU